AUGAUGCUGAUGCCAAUAAAAAACAUGAUCGGGAGAAGAUCAUUCUCAAGUUCCGCUUUUCUUAAAUCAAAACCAAGACAUUUGGUAAAUACCAUAGAACUUUCGAAUGAAGAGUUGGCCUCGUUAGUCGGUAAAGCUGAAGCAUUCAAGAAGCAAGUCAGAUCAGGCAACUCUGUACCUAUUGAGCAACAUCAAAAGCUUUUAGGGAAGCUUGUUGCAUUACUCUUUUCCAAAAGAUCUACAAGAACAAGAAUUAGUACUGAAGGCGCUGCUGCUUACUUUGGAGCACAACCAAUGUUCUUGGGGAAAGAAGACAUCCAAUUGGGAGUCAACGAGUCUACAUACGACACUACCAAAGUGAUUUCUUCUAUGACAUCGUGUAUUUUUGCCAGAGUCAACAGUCAUCAAGAAAUACUCGAUUUGUGUGAGCAUUCUUCUGUUCCAAUCAUUAACUCAUUAUGUGACAUGUACCACCCAUUGCAAGCCAUUACCGACAUCUUGACAAUAAAAGAAGCAUUUGGAAAGACUGAAGGGUUGAAGUUGGCAUGGAUCGGAGAUUCAAAUAACGUCAUCAACGAUUUAGCGAUUGCAUCAUUAAGAUCAGGUAUAUCGGUGGCAAUUUCGAUCCCAAAGGACAUCGAAUUUGACCCCGAAGUUGGCAAAGCGGCCUCCGAAAUAGCCAGUGACAAGGGCUUAUCAUUUGACAUAUUCCAUGAGCCAUCGAAGGCAAUUGAUAACGCUAACGUCAUUGUCACCGACACAUGGAUCUCAAUGGGCCAAGAAUCCGAGAAGCAAGCCAAGAUGUUACAAUUCGACGGCUAUCAGAUAACCCAGAACAUGAUCUCUCAAGGAAAUGCUUCGUCCGACUGGAAAUUCAUGCAUUGCUUACCAAGACAUGCAGAAGAAGUAGCAGAUGAUGUGUUCUACAGUAAAAACUCCUUGGUAUUUGAGGAAGCUGAAAACAGAUUAUACGCCGCAAUGGCUGUUAUAGAAGCCUUUGUUGUUAACAAAGGUGAUCUACUUAAAUAA